UUCAGACAUCACAAAAUUAGUUGGGUAAUCAGUGAUCCUGACCCGUAGUGACCUUUAACCCUAGGUCGUAUUUUUUGUGUCAUCCAUCUUGGUAUGGUGUUCGAAUUCUAGGACGUCUUUUUUGGCUUCAAAGAAAAUACUUCGACCCACAUUCCCUCUUAGUUACGGUGUAUCUCUCAAUCAGUAUGCCCGAACAACAGGAGUUCAUCUGUGGCCUCUCGCACGAGGUGACCAUAGCAGUCCUCCCCAGACUGAAUAUGCAGGAGCUCAUGUUUGAACUCAACAGAAGGAUAACAGGUCUUGACAAAGAGAACAGCAUCAAGGACAGACUGGUUAGUAUCCUUAGGGACCUGAUGUUGGAGGAAUACCGUCAGCUGGAAAGGAAGUCAAAAUUCUGUUCUUCAGACGAAAUGACGACAACCGUUCAAGAACUCGAGACAGUGACCGUGCAUGAUAGUUUUUCGAUCGCGUUCGUCGAUACAAUGUCGUCAGCUUCAAACAACCCCACUUUCAUAACGCAGGUGCUAGAUACAAAUAUUCCAACCAGUAAUUCUUGCGCAGAAAAACCUUCAGAAGGAGACAUAGCCUGUGAGGAAACACCUUUGGAACAUCGGGAGACAUAUUUGGCUUGUCAACCUAUUUCAGAGCAGGCUUCUGAGAACAAGGCCUCUCCUCUUACUGACAAUGGUUCACGAAUUGGUCGCAAACAGUAUCUCUGUGACGUGUGCGGAUUUAAAACCUUGUACGCUAGCAGUUUCUCCAUUCACAUUAGAACACACACGGGGGAGAAACCGUUCCAGUGUAGUCAAUGUGACUACAAGUCGAUAUCUAAAGGAGACCUAGCUCGCCAUUUGAAAAGGCACACGGAGGAAAAACCUCACAGUUGUGAAAUGUGUGACUACAAGACCUACCGAAAGUCAGAUCUAAAGACGCAUAUGAGGCGCCACACGGGUGCAAAACCCUACCAAUGUGAGCAAUGUGACUACAAGACAGCUUAUCAGCCUGGUCUUGUCAGGCAUAGGAGGCGUCACACUGGUGAGAGACCCUACAGUUGUCAACAGUGUGACUACAAGGCAGGAGAUAGGUCCUGCCUUAUCAAGCAUAUGAGAAAGAAACACUAGCAAAACCAGUUGUCAAGAGUUUGACUUGACAAGGCAACUGAAAAGGGAGGCCUUCUCAGGCAUAUGAGAAACAAGCACCAAUGAAAGUACUGUCAGUUUUGAUCAACGAAGAAACUGCUGCAUUUCUCACAGCAACUAUUGAUGGAAAACGAUACCUAAUAGACGAUUACCCAAGAUUCAUGUGAUUUUUGUUGCUAAGUUUGUUUCUGUAGAUAGCUUGCGUUUUGGGUUGACCUCCACUGAUUAAGAAAACUUUGUGCCUGCAUAUUUACUUACAUAUAGGUAAACACACAACUGUGAACAACCAUUGACUAUAAUAAAGAUAGGAUGUAACUUUGUGUUAUUCUUGUAUUAAUUAUUUGUGAUGUUGUGCACUUUGUAUCAGUACAUGUCUUUGUAGUUAACAAUUGCAACUUAAGUUCCACAAACCCAUACCUUCGCCAAAUGGCUUUAACCUUAAUAUGAAUAUACAUGUACAGCUGU